UCCGAGAAGCUGUUGCAGCCUGCACCCCUGGAGCCGCUGGGCGGUCCUGGCGCUGUGCUGGAAGCCGCGGUGGGUGAGGAGACCGAAGGCACACGGGAAGACGGCUCAGGGGUCGACACGGUGAGGAGAGGGGCGGUGGAAGCUUCCGGCCUGGGGCCGGGCCUAGCGAGCCGGGCCGGGCCGCCCUGGCUGGGUCUGGUGGGUGCGGUCCCCGAGGCCGGAGGAUGACCCGCAGCUGAGUGGAAAUGGACUCACAGGCGCGGCGUGGGCCCUGUCACGCGCUGACAGUGGACGCGCCCCCCAGGGUCUGGCCCGGUAGAGGCUCGCGGCUGUUUCCGGCGGGCCGAGGGGGUCGCUGGGAGGCGGCUACACCCACGGAGAGAGGCGAGUGUGCGCAGUAAGGGGGGCUUGGCCUGCUGACCUGUCGGGAAAUGGACCUCAACGUCACGUUAAAGAGAAGGGACAGAGGAAGAAACAUUCGUUGAACUCUCCAUUUAACUAUGAUGGGAAAUAAUUUUUGGUUGAAGAAAAUAGAAAUCAGUGUUUCAGAAGCAGAGAAGAGAACUGGAAGAAAUGCCAUGAACAUGCAAGAAACAUACACUGCUUACCUCAUCGAGACUCGGUCAGUUGAACAUGCUGAUGGUCAGAGUGUGCUCACAGACUCGCUGUGGAGGCGCUACAGUGAGUUCGAGUUGUUGAGGAACUACCUUUUAGUGUACUACCCACAUGUCGUCGUACCACCUCUCCCAGAAAAGCGGGCAGAGUUCGUGUGGCAUAAACUCUCUGCUGACAACAUGGAUCCAGACUUUGUGGAGAGACGACGGAUAGGCUUAGAAAACUUCCUCUUGAGGGUCGCUUCACAUCCUGUCCUUUGUAGAGACAAAAUCUUCUAUUUGUUUUUAACCCAGGAAGGUAACUGGAAGGAGACUGUGAAUGAGACUGGAUUUCAGCUGAAGGCAGACUCCAGGUUAAAAGCGCUUAAUGCAACAUUCAGAGUGAAAAACCCAGACAAGAGGUUUACUGAGCUGAGGCACUACAGUGAUGAGCUGCAGUCUGUCAUCUCACAUCUCCUUCGAGUCAGAGCUAGAGUAGCAGAUCGACUCUACGGUGUAUAUAAAGUACAUGGGAAUUAUGGGAGAGUUUUUAGUGAAUGGAGUGCUAUUGAAAAGGAAAUGGGCGAUGGGCUGCAGAGUGCUGGGCAUCACAUGGACGUGUAUGCGUCUUCUAUUGAUGAUAUUUUGGAAGAUGAAGAGCACUAUGCGGAUCAGCUGAAGGAGUACCUGUUUUAUGCAGAAGCGCUUCGGGCUGUGUGCAGGAAGCAUGAGCUGAUGCAGUAUGACUUGGAGACAGCUGCUCAAGACCUGGCUUCCAAGAAACAACAGUGCGAGGAGCUGGCCACUGGGACUGUGAGAACAUUCUCGUUGAAGGGAAUGACUACCAAACUCUUUGGUCAAGAAACUCCAGAGCAAAGAGAAGCCAGGAUAAAGGUGCUAGAGGAGCAGAUAAAUGAAGGGGAACAGCAGCUGAAGUCUAAAAAUCUGGAAGGCAGAGAAUUUGUGAAAAAUGCAUGGGCUGAUAUCGAACGCUUCAAAGAACAAAAGAACCGGGACCUAAAGGAAGCCCUCAUCAGCUAUGCUGUCAUGCAGAUCAGCAUGUGCAAAAAGGGAAUUCAGGUUUGGACCAAUGCUAAAGAAUGCUUCAGCAAGAUGUAAUCCCAUGAAGUGACUUUCUCUUCAAUCAAAGCGCCCCAAAACGAAGCACAAGUAAAAGAAAUUCAAUUGCUACCUAAUAUAUAAAAGUAUACAGUAAAUGGAACAAAUCAGCUUUCUUUAAGCAUAGUUGUGUUCAUAUAGCACAAAAUGAUACAUUUUAAUGAAGAAUAAAUAUUAUAAUUUGAAGUUUUGGGGACUGGUGCUGAUUCCAAAAAAGUUAAUUUAAUAGGAUACACCAACAGAUUGUUAGUCAGGCUUCUGAACCAGUGCCUGCACGUCAGGAUGCGAGUUAAUUCCAUGUGCUCCUCUCAGUGCCGACUGUCCAGAUCUCUUCAUGGGGGAGUUCUUCCCAAGACGAGACUCCUGCCCGUAUUUACUUUGUAGGACCCACUUCUGCCGUAGGGUUAUUUUAUCUUGCCUUAGAGUUGAGCUGUUUGGUUUGACAAAGCUCAGCAGAAACUUGUUGUGAAGUCUAAGGUUUUCCUCCCUGUUCCUAGAGCCUGCACCAUCCGCAACACUAGAAAAUGCCUUCAGUUUGUGUUUCACCAAAAUUUUGAUACUGGUCAGAAAUUUUAUACUGCCAAUAAUGAAGUCUCAGCUUCUCAGAUUUGCAGUGGAGUAAAUACAUUAUUACGAUCUAGAAAUUGCUAUAUAGAAAGUUUUAAUUGAACGUUAUUAUUCUCAAAAAAUUGUUAACGUCAGCAGCAAGCCUCAGUUUUGUUUGCUUGGCUCUGUGCACGUGGCAUUUCAGGGUACGAGAUGGAGCAUUUCCAUGUGUGAUGCACUCGUGGUGAGCACAUGUGGGCUGGUACUGUCACCAGUAAUGUGCUUUUCUAUUGCCUGGCUGUGAUUUUUGUAAAGAUAAAUUAUGUUGUUGUGUUUUAAUGUGUGUUUCAUGGUACAUGUUCAGAAGCCAAGCACUCUCUCUGCUAGCUUGCAGAAUCCUAACCAUGCACUCAUUAUUUCUAAUGUUUUAAAACUAUACUCAGUACUGUUUGACAUUUGACUUUUUUACAUGUUUAAAAUGUUGCUGGAUUUUUGUGCUGUUUGCCAAACUUAUAUAAUAAAGGAAGUGUCGUGUUUAUUUCCA